AUGAAACAAUUGGAAUUUCUCUGUCAUCAUUGUGUUUUUGUUCAAUGUGGAGAUUGUUUUUUAUCAACACACAAAGAACAUUAUUUCAAUCCGACCAGUUCCGAUAGCAGUCAAUGGUCGGUUUUAUCAUGGAAUCCUGUCGAUGUGAACGUGCCAAUUCCGAUCAUUUCUGAUGAUCGGACUACGUGGAAUAAGAUCGGAAAUCGUCAGAUCCAAUCAUCGGAUAUCAAAGGCAAACUGCGGAUUACAUUGGAAUCCGACAAGGAAUAUCCGACUGAAUCCGAUCAUCCAGAUGACAUCGGAUUUUUGCGUCCGGCCAGUAGGAUUCGAUGUACCCGUUUCGAUGGGGAAUUCGCCGGAAAUUGUCGAAAUAACUAG